AUUUAUCGAAACGUGCACAUCACCAGCGGUCGCACACUUUAAAACAAAACCCAUCCUAUACACAUAUAUUGCCCAUACACCCAAUAUAUCCUUCGAACCGAAAAAUAAUCGCGAGUGCAAAUCAAAAGUUUUCUAGCUUUCUUUAUUUUUCCAGUGCGAAAAGUAAAGCAAUUGCAUCCAUCCAACAGAGAGAUUAUCCUUUCGCCAACAAACAAACAAACAGAAAUGGCCGCCUACGCUGCUUUCAAACACGUUGAGCUUUACAAUGUUGGCAAAGCCAAGAAGAGGGUGCUGAGGCCCCCAGGCGGCGGAUCGAGCGACAUCUUUGGAUCGGAGAUGCCGCAGACCCCCAGGAACGUGAAGAAUCGCAUGGUUUCCAACAUAUUCGCUGCCGAGAAAGAUAAUGGAUUGAAAAACAACGUACGACAAGGAGCUCACAGAUUCUAUUUCAUUGGUGAUGCCCCACGUCGCGGCCAGAAGACCGUCGACUCGCACUCUCGGCUGUUUGGGGAACCCUCCCGCCCGAUCACCCCCGGCAAGAACCACAUGAAGAGCAGCAUCCCCUUCGGCGGGCAGAACUCCGAGGCAGUCGCCGCCCAGAAGCUGCUGACCACCAAUGGCCACUACAACGGCAAGAGCGGAUCGGUGUCUUCGGCCUCUUCUUCGGUCUCGUCCUCGACCGAGAACCUCAAGAUGAACAGUGGCUCAAGAUCAGUCUUCCGCAAUAUGAGCACAGCAGCAGUACCAGAUACCAAAGAAUCAAUCCCAUUUGACUUGUGUCCUCCAAUCCCGGUGUCAAUAUCCCAACCCAUCCCACCGGCUGACGCCCUGUCCAUAGACAAUUCUUGCCGAGAUAGCGAAAUUGGCGACGUGCCAGCUGAUAACAACAUCUUCACAAAGUCUGAUCAAGUCGACGAAUCCAGUCAAACUCGCCUUGAUUUCGGAAAUAGUCCCGAACAGGCUUACUCACUGAACAAGAUGGCAGCCGUGCCGGAUUUAAAGGAGCCCCUUGGACUCUCUCCCAAUGAGAUUAAGGAAGAUCAUCAGGAGUGCUCCAAGAUCGAUUCUCGCAAUCCGAUCACAGGUCUUGGUCUGAAUGGAGAUGGUGUAGGCGGUCUCAAGCCCAAGAAGCUCAAGAUCCGAGAGGGCAAUCCUGUCACCGGCGAGGGCUACAAGGCAGGAGCCAACGACUUCCACCAGCGCCAGGAGUCUUCCAAUGGCGGCACUCCGGUGAUCAACAAGAAUCGUAUUCCCCCAGGCGGCUACUCGUCGGGACUCUGGUAAUGACAACGGCAGUUGCUCAGAUCCCAGCACAAGCAAUGGAGGAGGGGCCCGUUGGCGGGAAGAGACACCAUAAGAAAAAAACCAACAAAAGAAGCAAAAAAAAGAAAUCAUACUACCCAUAUUAUAUUACGCAUAACCCUACCCGUAUCCACGGAGAACAGCUCGGAAAAUCAAAUGGCAGAUCAGAGGAGGAUGGCCAACGAAAUAUUUAAGCGAGAGAUUUACAAUUGCUCAACGAUCUGAAGCAUUGCUGCUGUACACCCAGACGAGAAUUAAUCGAACCACAUUUAGGCGGCGGCGCACUCUACCUAUCACUACCAACCACCAUACAACCACCACCACCACCACCCCAUUGCAAAUCUGUAAUUUAAAUUCCUUUGUUUCGUGUAAUAUUUCCAUGAAACGCGUGUAGCCUGUAGCAUGUUGGCCCCACAAAAUAUGACCACGUUGAAGCAUCCGAUCCCCACCCCGCGGCACCUUCGUAUUAUUAUAUAUCAUGAUAUUCCGGUUGGGAACCUAGGACACACCUACAUUAUCAUCCGUGGGUACGUGUGUGAGGAAGCGGGAAGCAGGAUGCCAGCGGAGGCGGCCGGAUGGGGUCCUUCAAUCACACUUGGACUUUCGAUUUAACUCUAGUUGCAUACUACACGCCACAUCUAUAUUUAUAUUUAUACCAACCGCAUUCACACGAACACUCACGUAAACACAUACAUAAUAAACAUUGUAUUACAUUACAUUAAAUGUGUAAUUUAAACGGUACGCCUUGCACGUACUAAUGUGCACGUACUAAUUAAGUGUAAAAAUACAAAAUUCAAGCGCGAAUCUUUGUUCAAUAAAAACCUUUCGUACAUAA